AUGGCGUCCUCUAAUGCUGUCGGCACGGCUGUCGAUCAGGACAGUUUGUUUAUUGCGGUAUAGUGUUUCCUCCACCCCCAUCCACUGAGUUGAUAAAUUAUACUAAGUCGGUUUUUACGCACCGACAGCUCAUUGAUUUCUCCCUCUUCCUUCACGGCAAAAAGGAGGAAAAGGAGACGGUUGCAAAGGGCAUGGUAGACGCUUUCAAAAACGCUGGCUUCGUGUAAUUUGCCCCUCAGCUUCCCUGGGCGUCUUAGCUCUGGGCAUUGUUGUUGAACAAGUAAAACCUGGCAGAUAUAUCAAGAACCACGGGAUUCCCCAGGAGAAAAUCGACCAAGUGUUUGCUGAAUCGGCCGCGUUUUUUAAGAGACCUAAAGCUGAGAAGGAAGCUUUGGCAUGGGUAAUCAUUUCACUACGCUACUACAACUCCCCCCCCCCCCCUCCGCUGUCCCACCAACUUAUAUGGGCUGGUGAUCACUUCAGACAAGCGCCCGGUCCAACCGUGGCUACGUGUCUCACGGCCGCGAAAAAACCUCCGCAGUCCAAGACAAGGCAUUCGUCGACUCCCUCCGCACCGUCAAUCCCGACCUCAAAGAAUCAUUUGAGAUUGGGAGGGAUAACGUACCUGAGUAUCCAAACAACUGGCCAGAAGACCCUAAUUUUGUCGCAAUCAUGAAGGCCUUCUUCGGCACUUGCAAAGACCUGCACAUAGAGAUCAUGCGUGCUAUCGGGUUGGGUCUGGGUCUUAAAGACGGAUUCUUCGACGAGUACACAAACAAGGGGGAUAAUACUCUCAGGCUCUUGCAUUACCCGAGCACUCCUAAAGAGGUCUUUGUGAAGAACAAGGGCCAGGUGCGUGCUGGGAAGCAUACAGAUUAUGGGACCAUUACUCUUUUGUUUCAGGUUUGUUCGCCUUUCUUCAUCACCUCGCUCUAUCAGUAUGCGCCCUAUCUAAUUGGCCCAGGAUGACCGCGGGGGACUCCAAGUCCGUAGCCCAGAGGGGACGUUCGUUAACGCUACGCCUAUUCCUGGGACAAGUAAGCUUUGGGUUAACCUUGCUCACACGUUCAUAAAUCCUGACUGAAUUCUUGUUUAGUCGUAAUUAAUGCAGGUGACCUCCUGGCUCGUUGGUCCAAUGGCAGGAUUCGUUCCACUGAGCAUCAAGUCGUUGAACCGCCGGUUCCGCCCGAAUCGGACGUUUACCCUGCUCGCUACUCCUGCGCGUACGCUACCCGCAGCAAUAUCACUUGGGAAAGGAACGCUGACAUGAGACAAUGCCGUAACAGGUACUUUUGCAACCCAAACUUUGACAAGUUCAUUGAGGCCAUCCCGGGAACGUAUACUUCCGAGGCGGACAAGAAAUUUCCUGGUAUAAAUUCUUGGGAUUACUUGGAGCAUAGACUGGCACAAACGUAUUUGUGA